AUGAAGAGCGGUGAGCUGGAAGACGCGGCACUGUUUGGGGUGAAAGGACGAUUUCGCCGAAAACCUCACGACGACGGCGGGGACCCUAGCACCGCGCUGGAAGAAUCGCUGAAGAAGGAACCGGCGCCACCAGCCCAAAAGAGGAAAGUCGUCGCGAUGGGCAUCACGCUGCUCGGGAUGUGUUACCUCGUGGCGCUCAGCUCGCGGGCACUGUCCACGAUCCACCACCACCACCACCACCACCAGAGCAGCAGCAGCAGCAGCGGCAGCAGCAGCAGCAGCAGCAGCAGCAGAGAAGGUCACCCCUCUCUCCUUUUCGGGAACGGCAAGCACCUCCGCAGCGUGGACCACCGCCGCCGAGCGCGCGGAGGCGAGGAUGUCAUCGCGCCCGCAGCGGACGCCGCCGUCGCAGCAUCUGGCGGAGGAGGAGGAGGAAGAGGAGGAGGAGCGAUGGAUGAGCCUACCGCGGAGGCGGCGCCAGCACCAGCUGGCAGCGGUGCGGGAGCCGCAGACACAAGGCGGGCUGCUGGGGACCUGGACCGCAGCGGCCGCGGCGGCGGCGGCGUGAUUGGACCCCGCAAAAGCGCUGACGGGGUCGGGGCCAGGGCGCAGGCGGCGGGCGCGGUCGUUGGCGGCGGCAGGGAAGCCGGAGGACGCGAAGGAAAAGAUGAAGGAGCGCCACAGGUGGCCUUACCCAACCAAGGGCAGAGCGAAGGUGCGGGAACCGGCGACAAGGGGGUGAGCAUCGACUCCGGGACACGAUCCGAGCACUUCGGCGGCGUGCAGCGGGGGCACCAGCAGUGGCUGAUGCGCCGCGCGGCAGAGCUCCGGGACGAAGGGCCAGCGUUGCCCGGCUCGGUGUGGGCACACGUCGGCAGCAUUGCGAAGGAGGUUAUCUCGAGAGGGGGAAGCUGGGUACCGCCACCCCCCGCUGGGAUCGCGGGUGCGGGGCCCCUGCCGACGGACGGUGCCGCUGCUUCGGUGGAAGAGCGGGUGCAUCGCAUGGAAGAAGGCGUUCGCCUGUGGGGUGGUACGUUCGUGCCGCCGGUAGAGCCAACCCGGAGACUGGAGCUCAUCGACAAGUGGUCCGGCCACGCGGGACGAGGAAGAAGCAAGACCAGCAAUAGCCAAGAGGUGAGUUCGUUCGACUACAGGUCAUCGGAUGGUGGCGAGAAUUCACGUGGGGAUGAUGCCGGGCGGAUUCUGUUCGUGAUGACGUCCUUCGAUCGCGGGAGAAGGCUCGGUCCGUCCUUCAAGAAAGACAAGCUCGAUUUCAUCCUGUUGAUGAUGGAUGAGAUGAGGGAGGCUUGCGAGGCCGGGUUUUCCCCGAACGUGCAUCUGAUAGCGGCGUGGGAGCUCUCCGAGGUGGAAGUGUUUGUGCGGGACCGUCUGUUCUGCCGCAGGACGGGCGGCCACGUCCCCUACUCUCUAGAGGUACACCCUUCUUCGAUCGGCAACGAUCUCUCCAUCAAGCACCGAAUCUUCAUGAAACCGCGGCUGGAGGAAUUCGACCUGUUCCUCCAGGUCGAAGAUGACGUCAUCGUGACCCUGAACCACAUGCUGCUUUUCCGGGAAGAGAGCGAGCUGCUCGACAGUCGCAGGCACUCCGACGGAGCAACGCUGGCGAACACCGCCGUCCCGGGCUUCAUCCGCGUUGAGCAUGCCGCGGGGGAGGAGGGGACUGUCGUCGGGCCUUCUUCGGGAGAGGAAUGGCAAGAGUGGGAAGUGAUGCUCAGCAGGAGGCGAUCCAGUCUUGGCGAGGGUAUCGAGGAAGGCAUCGGCAGCAUGAAUGCGACCCGAAGGAUGCACCACCGUCGUUCACUUUGUUUCUUCUCAUCUACUCUCAAUGAACUCUUUUUCCUGGAUUCCUUGGGUAUGAACGGUGUUUUCACAAGGCUUCAUCCGGUCAAGCUUGAGGAGGCCGGAAUCUACCUUACUCUGGGGCCAUCGCUACCGGGUAUGUGGAUGGCGACCAGGGAGCAGCUGAGAAAGCUCAGCGAGACCAUGUCAUGUGACUACCUCAACUUCGACGAAUCGUCGAAGGGACACGUGGAGACCCACAGCGGCAGCCUUCAGAUGUUCAAGCCCAACUGCGGUCGAUUCCAAAGCUUCUUGGUACAUCACCGCGCGAACAACAAGCACGGGGUUAGAGGAGAGAGCGUGCCCGGUGUCCCGAUAACCCUUCUCCGAUGCUGGGUGGAGCAGUUCAUCCGGGACGAGAAGUUCUUGAAGCCUUUCCGGAACCCAUCAAAGGACAGUCGCCGAGUAUGA